AUGACGCGAUUUGCCGGAAAAUACAAUCUGUUGUUGUACAGGGACGGCGACUAUGACGAUGACCGUCUUCGUGGCUCAAAUCUGGUCACACAGAUCGGGUCGAGUGAAUGGGCUGUUGACAAGUCUGUCAAGGUUCGGCCGACGGGGGUGCCUGCGCUGUUUAUUCCAGGAAAUGCAGGAAGUGCAAAGCAGGUGCGGUCGAUGGCAAAGGAGGCUGCGAGAUACUAUUACGAGACCCUUCCACGCGAACAGGGCGGUCAUGCUGCAGGAUCGAAACCCAUUGACUUUUUUACAGUCGAUCUCAAUGAGGAGUUCUCGGCAUUUCAUGGACAGCUGCUUCAGGACCAGGCACAGUACGCCAAUGAGGUCAUAGCCUAUAUCCUCUCAUUAUACGCCGACAACAACCGGGACCCUACACUGCCAAGGCCCACGUCUGUACUGAUCAUUGGUCACAGUAUGGGCGGGAUCGUUGCCCGUUCGAUCUUCACGACAGACAACUAUAUCCAGGGAUCAGUCCAUGCGAUCCUCACCGUGGCGACUCCUCAUAUGAUCCCGCCCAUCGCACUCGACGACAAGAUCUCGGCCGCAUACGACAGGAUCGAGGAGUUCUGGACACAUGGGUUCUAUACUCCUCAUUCGCCACUCGCGAAUGUGUCGUUGGUUUCGAUCAUGGGCGGCAAUUUGGAUAUCACUGUCAACAGCGAUUCAGGAAACAUUCAACAUCUGGUCCCGCAGAGUCAUGGGUUUUCUGUCUUCACGUCGUCGAUCCCUCAUGCUUGGGUUGGAACCGACCAUCUGUCGAUCUUGUGGUGCAAUCAGGUCGCGAUGGCUAUUGGUAAGGCGUUGGUGGAUCUUGUAGAUGCUAGGAGGGCGGAUCAGGUCAAGCCUCUGGGGGAGCGGAUGAAAAUCUUUCGACGACGGCUCUUGACCGGUGCUGAGGAGCAUGGAUCUCUUGCUCCAGAAGCAGCAGCACACAGCGAACAGACGCUGUCGUUAUCCGACUUUGAGCAUACAUUCAUGGAGACAGACACAGCGUGGGCAUUCCCUCCAGCAACCUACAACGCACAAUCUACCACGCCGCACCUCUUUGUCAUGGCACUUCCACAGUCAUCGAACUCGCCAGGCACAAUCACCUUGCUGACAGAUCACGCUCUUGGACAGAACAGCCGUCUAAAUGUCUUCCUCUGCAAGGACCUCGCCGCUCCGUCGUCAUCGUCACACAAACCUCAGGCUUUGUCCUGCAGGAGUGACAAGUUGGCCUUUAUCCCCAUCCCUGCCUCGACAGAGUCCUCAACGAUGCCAUUAUUUACAGGAGAAUAUUACACUGCGCGAGAGUUCCGAUUCAUCCAGAAGCAGGUGAGAGAGCUUGUUGGGUACCCCUUCCUGGUGGUUCUGGAUCGUGGUCGGCGGUAUGCCGAAUCUGGGUUCUUAUUGACCGAGAUCAGCAAGGAGGCUGUUCACCAGGAAGUUAUAGAGACCACUACCAUAGGUCAAAGGUUCGCUCCGAUGAUGAAACAAUCAAGUUGGGCGAUGCACGAGGACAAGUAUUUUGUCAAUAUUGCCGACAAGGAAUCGGGAGUCGACAUCAACUUUCAUGGAGAUCUGCCGUACUUUGACAAGAUCCAGCUGAGUGGUAACAAUGGAGUCGAACUCCGAUUCUGGAUGGACCCUACGUGCCCUGAGCCGUUGUCGUUGACACUAGAGGUUGACAAGUAUGGAAGUCUUGGAAAAGUGGUCAUUCGGUACAGGAUGGUCGUCUUGGUGUUCACGUUCCUGGCGAUCCUAUUGACUCUGAGAGCUCAGAUCCAAGGCUGGAGUCGGAUGGGUCACUUUAUGCCCUUUGGCGAGGCUUUGUCAUUGCUGAUCCGAUCGACAUUUUGGCAGUUCGCGGUUCUUUUGGGAGCAAUCUCUAUGCUUCAGCAUUUGAUUCCGAGAACAGCGGUCGACAUCGGGAAUGAAGCCAUAUCAAGUUCACAGGGGUCCUUGGCAGGCUCGUCAAAACUGACAGAGUCUGGCGGUCGCCCCUGGUGGCAGCAUUCGGGUCAGUGGUUUGGAGAUGCGCUGCUUGGAGAUAAUGAUGCGUUCUUUUGGUUUCUGGCGCCGCUGUUCUUCCAGGUGGCUGUGGGAAUUGUCGCGUUUGUUUGGAUCUUGUUGAACUUGAUUGUCAGAACUGUCGCGCUUUUAACGAAACGCGGUACCGGUGGUGACUUCAUGAACGCCAGAAGCACAACACAUAGAGCGAUCACGCUGACAGCCAUGUCUGGGUUGGUAGUCACCGUGGUGCCCUACCAGUUCGCUUUCACUGCCAUCCUCCUUUGGCUCAUCUGGAUCAACGCUUGUGCUCUCAACCGAGCCCAUCAGCAACCCGCCUCCACUAUUUCCUCGUCUUCCUUGGAGACGACCAUGGCGUGGAACCGGUUCCACUUUGUCAUGUCGAUUCUGGUAAUGUUCUUCUUCUUGUUGCCGUUCUGUGUUCCUGCGCUGAUGGUCUGGAUCCGCAACUUUGCGAUUGGCUGGUUCGAGUCCUUUGAUAGUGACCAUCGUGUGGAUUAUGUCCUGCCUUUCUUGAUUUUUGUUGAGGGCUUGAGUCAUGGGUUCUCUGUGGAUAUUGGAUCCUGCAAGAGUCCGGUACAGCUGGCAAAUAUACUUCUUGACGCGGUUGUGGAUCUCGUGGUUGUUGGUGUUGAGGUUUGUGGAGUCGGGGCCUGGAAGGAUGCUGGAGAGGAUGGUCAUAUCGCAGUCUGGUCGACCACCUCACAGAAAACAAGACUAGGUGGUGCCAUUAAAAAGUAUGCUGUGCUGAGAGGCUAUCCAAGUUUCCGGUAUGAGCAGUAA